CGCUGCUCAACCAAUGCAAUCGUCUUGAGCACAACACCGAUAUGUCGAUUUCCGGAGAUUCAGACGUUGAGGGGACUCUGUCAGCCAACAUCGAGACAUCAAAGAGUAGCAUCAAACGCAAGCGGCACGAUGGCGAAGUCGAAUCAGAGCAGCAGAAACCUACAAAGCGCAAGCGACGGAGCAAGAAGCCGAAAGAUAUAAACGAUGCAGACCUUGAUGGCGACCUAGGGAUAAAUAAUGGUCUGUCAAAGAUGGACGCAAGACUAUUGUCCGACUACGUUGCCCAGCGGACCAAGCGCUUUGAGCCUGAGCUGAGUCACGUAGAACUUGAGGACCGCUACAUUCCAGAAAGUGCCAUAGCCGAUACAACCUCUUGGUUAAAGCCACGGACGACCGAUAAUUUGGCAGACUUCAUCAGAAAGUUCAGCCCCAAGAAUAUCGAUUUAGACAAAGCACCCAGUACGCCUGGUUCGCCGCAUAUUCUCGUCAUAGCAUCAGCAGGUCUUCGUGCUGCAGAGCUAGUACGGAGUUUACGGACUUUCCAGACGAAAGAAGGAAAGGUAGAGAAGCUGUUCGCAAAGCAUAUUAAACUUAAAGAAGCCAUAGAGACCUGUGGCAAAGUGCGCAUGAGUUUUGGGGUUGGGACUCCUCAGAGGGUGUAUGACCUGAUUGACAAUGGAGCCCUCAAGAUGGACAAGUUAAGAGUGAUUGUACUAGACGCUAGUCACAUCGAUACCAAAAAACGAGGCGUGCUUGAUAUGAAGGAGGUCCAAGUGCCUUUGGUAAAGCUUCUGGCGAUGAACAAUCUCAAAGAACGCUACGGGAAGGAUGGUUUACAGCUUUUGUUUUAUUAAUUUCUCACUAUACCCUAUGGAGUGAGCCUGGAGGAUUACUAUCACCGUGCCUGCCACAGCGUAGGCUUCGUUGUCACCCAAAUCUUGCUAAUCAUACUUCGACAUGACCCGAGGUUUACCUACGAUUUUUCUUCGCGAUGUGCAAAUACCUG